AUGGAAGGUGACAUGUCUCCCUUGAAAGAGCUUGUACAGGCUGCAAAAGAGAUAUUUCCAGGCGGCAACGCCCAAUUCAUUGUUGAUGAAGCGCAUAGUAUGGGAGUGGUGGGCGAAAUAGGACUGGGAGAUGUUAAAGCCUUGGACCUGGACUCGGAAAUUGCUAUCAAAACGCAUACCUUCAGCAAAGCGUUCGGAUCAAUAGGAGGGUCGGAAAAAUAUCCAAAAUCUAACGCUAGAAAAUACUCUGCCUUUCCCGUUACCUUCCCAGUGGUUCCAAAAGGGAAUGCAAGACUACGGAUUGUCAUCCAUGUCGACCAUACUGAGGAGCAGAUCGAUGAGCUGGUGGCCGCAAUCUGCGAGUGGGCAGAGGAGAUGAUUGAAAUUGAGAUGGGGACUAAGGGGCGGGGUAAAGUGCCCUGGGCGGCUCAGCAGGUGUAUGCGUUGAGUGAAGAGGGAGUUAUUAAUGGAGACAUUGCAUGA